UCAGCUCCUCGUCGCCGACCAACCAUGAGCUCCCAGGUUCGUCAGAAUUAUCCCACCGAGGUGGAGGACGCCGUCAACGUCCUGGUCCACGCGCACCCGCGGGCCGCCUACCCCUCCCUCUCUCUGGGCUCCUAUUUCCACCGGGAGGAUGUGGCUCUGGAGGGUGUGGACCGCCUCUCCCACGAGUUGGCUAAGGAGAAGCGGGAGGGUGCUGAGCGUCUCUUGAAGGUGCAAAACCAGCACAGCAGCCGCGCCCUCUUCCCAGACGUGCAGAAGAGGUGCCGGGAUGGGGGUGAAAGCCUGGAUGCCAUGGAAGCCGCCCGUCUGGACCAGGCCCGUUUGGAUCUACACGCCCUGGGUCUGGCCCGCGCAGACCCCCAGCGCCGUGACUUCCAGGAGAAGCACUUCCUAGAGGAGGCGAAACUCAUCAGGAAGAUGGGCGACCCCCUGACUCACCUCCGCAGGCCGGCUGCCCCCCCUCCCCAGGCUGGGCGAGGCCGGCAUCUCUUGGAAAGGCUCACCCCCAGCAUGACUCGGGGUCUCUGGAGCCCAGCAGCCCGUGAGGGGCCCCUCCGGCAGCCCCCGGAUGCCAGGGCUGGUGCCCGAGCCUCUCUCUGUGGCCCCCGGGCAGCUUUGCAACACCCUGGAGCCUGCUCCCACGCCACGCCACGGACCAAAUGGAAACAGGAAAGCUUUUUGCAGCAGGAAAAGCAACAACAACAACAACAAAAGCCGGCCCCUCCCAAGAUGCACCUCCGCCUGCGGGAUCACAUCGUGGAGUGUCUGCGGCGGGUGCCGGUUUCACACCGUUCAGCUGUACUUCCCGCCUCGACCCCUCCCCCGAAGCAGGUGUGGCUCGGACUCCGGCAGGAGGACCAGAGCUGGAGCCUGGGGGAGGCCGCCGGCCAUGGGCCACCGCACCUGCACCCGCCUCGGCACGGAAGGCACGCCCCGGGGGCGUUCACGGGGGUUUUGGCAGCCACCGAGGGUCAGGACGACAGCGGUAACGUGUGA